AUGGAGAAGAAUGAGGAUGACGAUCAGGACACAGACAAAGAUAUAAGUAUCGGUAACAGCACUCUAGAUCUAACAGAGCCUCUCACAACAGUUAAUGAGAAUACCAUGACUUGUGCCGUACACAACCCCAACAUUUUGAUAGGGAUUAACUUGAUAAAUGGGGAUGACCAAGAAAAGCGACCCACCCAUCUUGGUGUGAUCUUUGCUGAAAGGUCUAUCCUGAACAGCUGUCUGGACCAUCUGAGACCAAUGUUAAGUGACCAUCUUGAUUUUCUGCCAAGUUGUUACACAUUUUGUACCAAGCAAGGAUGGACUAUAGGCAAGACUUUAGAGAACUCUAUAAUGAUAGGAAGUGUCAUAUCAGAGGAAGGAACUGUUUGUAUACAGCCUAGCCAUGACAAACCAAAAGUUGGAAUUAAAUCUAAAAAUGGCGAAGCCCUUGGGUUUGUAUUUGUGGAGUACACCUGUACUCUGGCAUCAAUUAGAGACAUCAUUAAAAAGCAGCUGUUUUCCCGAGGUACUGGAGAGGACAUUGGAAGUGGAGAUGGGUUUGUUUUCCUUGAUCCUAAUGGCUGGCCUGUGUCUGAUGGUCAGGAGUCAACACUGACAGUAUUUGAUGUUUUGCUAGGUAACUGUGUUCAAGUGCUCAUCAACAUGACUUCCAAUCUAGAUCUGAUGAUGUCAGAAUCUCCAGAGUACAAACCACCAUGUAAACGACCAAGAUUACAAGGAUCCUCUCCGUUAUCUUUCCGCUCUGUCAAGGACAUCUCACGAUGUUUGGAGUCACCAGAGCCUUGGACACCAAGCUCCAAACAAAUCCUGAUCAGCUAUGUUAGGGCUGAGGCAGCUCAGCAUGCUGUGGAGCUAAAGAACCAGUUAUCUGCCCUUGGCUGUAGUGUAUAUUUGGAUGUUGAUGAAAUAAAAUCUGGUGUUGAUUGGCAAGACUCCCUGAACUAUGCUGUCAGUAAUUGUGAAAUAUUUGUGCCCUUGGUGACACCUGUCUACGGAGAAACACAAUGGACUAACAGAGAGGUGAAGCUUGCUGAUGUCUUAGGGAAGUUUAUAUUACCUGUAAACUUUCUGAAAGAAUGGCCCCCUCGCUGUCUUGCUAUCCAGUUUGCUACAACACAGUAUAUCGCUUGGAAAAGUCCCAUGCAGAUAGAAACAGAGAUGGCUGAAGGCCUUGGAGAGUCUGUUCAUGAUUUCCGGAGGUGGGACAAAAAGUAUGUUUUGUCAGUGGCAUCAAAAGUGGCUGAUAGAGUCAACCAAGGCUGGCAGUCAUCCAGAGUUCCCUCCCUUGUGAAGAGGAAAACAAUUGUGAAAAGCUGUGCCAUGGUGAGCUGUUCAAACUCACAAGCCAUAACAACCAAUCGGGAUGGUCUCCCCUUGAUAGUCAUUUGUCUCCAUCCUCAACAGCAAGAAAAGGGAAGCAAGUUGAAGGAUUGGUUACUGGAUGAGGGAUUUGAAGUCUGGCUCUCAACGCAACUAGAUAUAACAUACCCUGACUCUUUACCAUCAAGUCCUCCAGGGAGACUGUCUCAGUCCAGCCAGGUUAGUUUGUGUGAGGAAGAACAAAACAACAAUGCUGUGUUCCAGGAGAAAGCUGACGAUGCUGGUGUCAUACUAGCUAUCCUGUCAGAACAGUUUGGGGCAUCACGGACAUGUCAACAGCAGGUGUAUUAUUGUGAACACAGGAAACGUCUGAUUGCUCUGACGACAGUAGAUAAACACACAGAGUUCCCACUGUGGGUGAACAUGCUGAUGGGAAAGGAACCAUGGCUGAAUAUUCAGCACGACAACUUCCACAUGGAUAUACUGAAGAGAAUCAAGAGUUGUCUGGACCCUAAUGGAAACCAAGAUAAGACUAACAGGAAUCAAGACACUAAGAUGUCACAAAGGGUACACUCCUUAGAAGCAAGUAUCCACAGCCGGUUCUGUGUGUGCUUGAUGUCAGGAGAUAUAUCAGAUUCUGGAACAGCUCAGGUGUAUAGGUCGGUGUUAUCACAGCUGGCAUGUUUGGAUGAUGUUACUAUAGUAACCUGCAGUAACUCUAAUGCUGUCAAUGGUUACCGAACCAGAGUUGGUGAACUUCACAAAGAAUACAAUGUUCUCACGGUUUCUCCUAAGAAACAGGAAAACCUCAAGCAUGUGAAUAAAGAGAAGGAGACAACCAUUUAUUGUGGAGCAACAGAGCAGGAACGAGACUCUGCGGUGGCUGGGCUGUGUGACGUGUGUGUACUAGUUUAUGGUGAUAUGUCCAUGGAACAGUUGAUCCGAGAGUUCUUAUGGAAUGACCGAACAGUGGUCCCUGUCCUCUGUCCAGAACUGUCUAGUUCACUCACCAGGAUAUACCAGGUACCUCCAGGGUUAAACCCUAAAGACUGGGCAGUUUUAAGUGACCAGUCUGUUACAGCUGACAGAAUUGGACCAGUGAUCAAGACUAUCACAGAAACAUUGCUGACUCUGAAUUCUAAUCCAUACCAAAUCAGUACCCUGAGGAAAUCCAGUCCAUUUAAAUCUCCAAAAGGAAAAGUGAUAUCACCAAAAUGUCUCAAAGCCUUUUACCCACAAGGUCAAAAGGUCGGUCAGAAAGUCACUCUUUCCAGCCAACCAACUGUGAUUUUAUAA